AGUGUCGGAAAGUUGUCCAAAAGCCACAACAGAGCAGGCUCAAACCAAAGUCCUUACCCUUCUGCAAUAUUGGAUUUCUCCCGAUCUGAACAGCGGGGACUCCGUGCCAGUGUCUGAAGACGUGUCCAGCUGCAGCAUCAGUGACCAGCUCUCUAAAUUGUAAAUAGUCAGAUCGCAUCAUGUCACAACAUUUCAGGAGCGGACCAUCAUUCGGACUUUCAGCCGAAGUCAAGAGCAAGUUGGCAGGGAAGUACGACCUCCAGAAGGAGGAGGAGCUGCGCCGCUGGAUCCAAGAUGUCGUCGGCAAGCCGGUCCCAGACCCCUUCAUGGAGAGUCUGAAGGACGGCGUCAUACUGUGCGAACUCAUCAACACACUCCAACCUGGCUCGGUGAGAAAGAUCAACAACUCCACUCAAAACUGGCACCAGCUGGAGAACAUCGGUAACUUUGUCCGUGCCAUCACAAAGUACGGUCUGAAGCUGCACGAUCUCUUUGAGGCCAAUGAUCUGUUUGAGAACACAAACCACACCCAGGUCCAAAGCACCUUGAUCACCCUUGCUGGCGUGGCUCAGUCCAAGGGCUUCCACACUAAGAACGACAUGGGGGUGAAGUACAUCGAGGCCACGCACCGCCGCUUCGCCCCAGAGAAGCUGAAGGAGGGACGCAACAUCAUCGGCCUGCAGAUGGGCACCAACAAGCUAGCCAGCCAGAAGGGCAUGACCUCCUACGGAGCCAGGCGCCUGCUGUUUGACUCCAAGAUCGGCAUGGAAAACCCUCUUGACCAAUCCACCAUCAGCCUGCAGAUGGGCACCAACAAGGGAGCCAAUCAGGCCGGUAUGACGGCCCCUGGCACCAGGAGGCUGAUCUUCGACAAGAAGCUGGACCUGGAGACCUGCGACUCCAGCACGGUGUCCCUGCAGAUGGGCACCAACAAGCGGGCGUCCCAGCGCGGCAUGACCUCGUACGGCCAGCCCCGCCAGGUGUGUGACAACAAGUACUGCACCAACCCCACCGAGCAGGACCCCUACAACGGCCAGGGCGACUUCGACGCCUACAACCAGUACUCUGAAUAGGAAACACAGACCCCCCCCCCCCACCCCUAAGGACA